AUGCAAAUGUCCACUCCUCCACUCCUAGCACUGCCUGGCGAGCUCCGCAACCGCAUCUACGGAUUCUGUGUUGAACCCAAACAUCUGUACAUUCGGCGACACCCCAAGCGUACAAAGAAGCAUUACGCACAUGCCCGCUGUGGACUGUAUGGUAGCCUUCGAAAUGCGUGUCGACAAACGCGUGCAGAAUUCGGAUCAAUGUACAUGGCCAAAACUGUCAUGGUCGUCCACCAAAUUACGGCAAAUUUAUUUCUCAAGACCUUUUACCCGGAACUGAGGCAAAUUGCACUUGCAAGGAAAGAGCCACAAUCCAGGCGCAAUAUUGAAAUGCUUCCUGCGUCCAGGACCAAUGCCAUUCCUGGUGUGCAAGGCAACAUCCUAAUCAUCUUAUACUUCGGCACCCGAUUCGACGCUACGUUACUCGUACGCCUUUGCACGAAGUAUCCUCCGUUCAAAGUCACUUUCACCGAAGCCAGUGCAUGUCUUCGUCACGCUGCUCUCCUUGGCGACUUCUUCACCAUGCUCUCGUCCGGCGCUUUUCGUCCGGACUUUGAAAACGUCUUUGAGAAGGUUGAGAUUAGUUGCAGCAUGCUUCCCGAAAUACGCUUCAAUUUCUAUUCUGCAAGUGUAAUGGAAGGCGCGAUGGCGCAUUAUGGAACGGCGGAUCCCCGACAGUCGUUAGUUAAGAUGGGCGCGCCGCCUAUGAAUGCUUUUGCUAUUCUUUUCGCAGUUGAGACUGAGAGCGCGUACAAGCACUCUGCACCAUUACUCUGA